AUUUAUUUGGAGUCCACCAUGCUUUGCAAACCGUUGUAGCCAAUAAAUCUCUGUCUAAUUUCAACUUGCUGUUUGGUGUUAUUCAGUGGGCUAGAAUUUCUACCAACAGUUUCUACCAACGUGGGGCUUGAGACCGGGAUCAUUUGUCUGCACCAGAUCCAGAAGGUGUGGUGGAAGGCAUGCCCUGUCGAUUUCAACAGUCUAUCUCAUCUUGUUGGUAAAGGAGCAGCAACGCUUUCCUCAGCGAACCCAUAGAGUUGAUAUUAGACAGAGAUACGAAUUGAACCGGUGUGUGUGUUGCUGGCUUCUGGGAACUGGGCAACUCCGUGCACGGACCUAAGUAAGUGUUCUGGGGUGGCCAGUAUACACUGCCUAGGCAGUCGGUGGGAAGACUGGGUAGGCCUGUGUGAAUUUGAGACAGUGUGUGUGUGACAUCCCAAGUAUCCACUUAGCGAAAGUGGACCUCUGAUAUGCAAGUGCAUAUCUAGGGGGAUCAGGGGGGAGUGAAUUAAGGAAUUUAUGUGAAGUCUCAAUUAGAAUACACAGGACGGUAAACCAGUAUGGGCAACACAGGGAGUACUCCAGGAAAGAAGUGUUUGAAAAAAAUAAGAAGGAACCCCAAAUUGAAUAUAGAUAAAGAAAGUCCAUUAGGGAUUUUGUUGAGUAAUUGGGGAAAACCUCCGUAUAAUGAAAUAAUUAGUAAAUUAGACAUAACCAAGGAAGAUAUGGUUAAUUUGUGUUGUUUUGUCUGGUGGGAAGAUGAAAAAGUAGAGUGGCCUAGAUUAGGAACAAAUGACUAUUUUGCUUGUCAGAAUUUAUAUGAGUAUGUGUCAAGGAAAACAUGUAAAUCAUUAGUCAAUGAGUUAGACUAUGUUUUAAUUUGGAACCCAGGUAAAUGGGUCACCUUGACUAUGAGUGGCCCUAGCCCUCAUAAAAUAACCUCAAUAUAUUUACAAGAAGAAGAGAAGAAUGAAAUAGAGGAAGAAGAUGAUGAAAAAUCCAUGAAAUAUUUACCCCCACUUUAUAAUCCUAAUCUACCACAACCAACAAAUGUACAAAUACCUAUUCCACCACCCCUACCAGCUCCUGUAACACAAGCCCAGAGAGCUGUGAGAGGUGGACCCUAUAAGGUAUUAGUAAAAGAAUUGGAACAAUUGAAGAAAGAUAUAAAGAAUUUUCCCUUUAAGGAUAAACCACUACAGGCUUUUCCUUUAAGAGAAGUACCCAAUGGAGUAGAUGGCCAAGGACAGGCUCGUAUCAGUUUUGUACAUGAGCCUUUAAAGGCAUCUGAAUUACGUGCCUUCAAGAAAGAAAUGAAAAGCAUGAUAGAAGAUCCAAUAGGGGUAGCAGAGCAACUGGAUCUGUUAUUAGGAGCAAACAUAUACACAUGGGAUGAAUUAGGAGUGAUACAAAGCACGUUAUUUACAGCAGAAGAGAGACAGUUAAUUCAAAGAGCAGCAAGAGACAUUUGGACAAGGGAACAUAACCCCCAAGCACAGGGGGCAAUUUUGGCAGAUGCAAAGUUCCCUUUAGUAAGACCAAAUUGGGACAAUAAUAAUGCUGCAGAUAGACAAAACAUGGAAGAUAUGAGAGUAUUAUUAAUAAGAGGAAUAAAAGAAGCUGUCCCAAAAGCACAGAACAUGAGUAAAGCUUUAAUGAUAGAACAAGAAAAAGAAGAAUCUCCAGCUACAUUCCUCCAAAGACUGAAAGACGGAAUGAGGAAGUAUUCUGGAACUGAUCCAGAUGACCCAGCAAAUACUCUUCUGAAUUCUGGUUUGAGGAAGGUGAGCUGGAUGUGAAAUUUAAUACCCAUUCUUACAGUAAGAAAUAAAGUUAUUUUUUUUUAAAUAAAUGAAAUAUGAGAAGAACUGGAAUACACCUAUAUAACCAUUAACCAAUAGAAAUGACUUUGA